AUGUACUCCACUCGCUGCUCAAGGUGCUUAGGUGUGUUCAUGGUUCCCGUGGCAAUUGUGAGCACACUAGCCAAUCUGUUACUGCUAUUCCCUGGUAUGCACUAUCACUACCUCCUUGAAGAUCAUGUGACAUCACAGGCUAAAUGGUGUACAGGUAUAUGGAUUUCUGGAUUUGUGGCGCAUGUGGCUGCCCGUGGCUUUACUACUAGUUAUGCAAAAGAAGGAUGCUGUCUUUUCAGAGUUAAGAUGCUGUUCCGUGUUCUGAACCUUUGUGUCGCAGGGCUGGCUGCUGCCAUCUGUUUCAUUGUCAGUAAUACUGGCCUCGUAAACGGACCCCUGUGCCUUCACAAUGGAACUGAAGGUCUAAAGUGGGACACACCCUUAAAAAAAACAAAGAUAGACGAGACAAGUUACCUGUUUGAGCCUGAGCGGUGGGCCUCAGCCUGUGACGAGCCUCAAGGAGUAGUGAUGUGGAAUAUUGUCCUCUUCCUCACCAUCAUGGCUGCCAGUGGACUUCAGGUUACCAUCAGUGCUGUGCAGAUCCUGAACAUUGUACUCGGUGUGAUAUUUGGACCUGACAGUUAUUCAAAAAAGGGUGUUCCUGCUUGAAGAAUGCUGUGUGCAAAGGAUUUAGGAAGUUCCUAAUAAGAGAAUUCUGUGGGGAGAACAGGAGCCCAAGCUCAUCCAAUCCUGUUCCCCUACACCUCAGCGUGAAGGGCUGUAC